GCCCCCCGCCCGCCGGAGCGCCGACUCCGCCCGCCGUUCCCCGCCCGCUCGGCUGCCGGGAGUCCGGGAGUGUCGUGCGAUUGGGCGCCAGGCUCGGGCAGCUCGGCGAGGCCGUGGACCUGCGUCUGCCCCGCGCAGGGCCACUUUCUUUGCCUUUGUGAGACCCCAGACAGGACACCUGUGUUCUCCAGUAUGAAGGUCUUCCUGCCCGUGCUGCUGGCUGCCCUUCUGGGUGUGGAGCAAGCUCACUCCCUGGUGUGCUUCUCUUGCACGAAUCAGAACAGUAAUUUCUACUGCCUAAAACCAACCGUCUGCUCGGACUCGGACAACUACUGCGUGACCGUAUCUGCCUCCGCCGGCAUCGCCUUGUCCUCCCGCCUAGGGAACCUGGUGGACUUCGGCCACACCCUGAACAAGGGCUGCUCCCCGAUCUGCCCCAGCCCCAGCAUCAGCCUCGGCGUGGCGUCCGUGGGCACCUCUUGCUGCCAGAGGUUCCUGUGCAACAUCAGCACGGCCGGCGGGGGGCUGAGGGCCAGCGCCGCCGUGUUGGGCCUCGGGCUCCUGCUCAGUCUGCUGUCCGCCCUGCAGCGGCUUGGGCCCUGACCGCCGGGGCCCCCUACAGCCGGCCCAGACUCCCCCAGCUCAGGAAGGAGGGCCCGGCCCCUCUUCCUUUGACUCGUCACCCUGCUCGAUCCCAGUUCUCCCCACCCUCCCCGCGUCCCGGAAGGGCGAGCUUGCCGUUGCCACAGGUGACUGUGUAAACUCAGCUGUGUGGACGCGUGUGCCGGGUGCCCCGGUGGCGUGUGUGCGAGUGUGUGGCCGUGUCCGGGCCCGUGUGUGUGCGGGAUAAGUGCCAGGGGUCCGGCAUUAGCAGCCGCCGAGCUCCCCGAGUCCACACCAGAACUUCUUUUCUCUGGCAUCUCUACGCCCCACGUUAAGGGUAGCCUUUUGGAAGACGGGGUUCCAGUGCGUCUGGGCUUGACUGCUGGACCCAGGAAUCGGUUCCCACCCCCAGCUCCAGCCGCGGCCCCCACCCCCUCCCUCCACCCCAUACUGGAGUCUGUCUGCUGCCUCGGUGCCUCAAAUAAACGCGUGUUCCCAACCCUU